GCGCGCGCGAUGGGUACCACACUGCCGACGCCAAAUUUUUGACAGCAGGUUCAGCUAGGUUCAGAACAAGAACUACGUCUUUCUCUCCCGUAUUAGAAUCCGUUAGAGACAAGGCAUAAUUAAAAGAGAAAAACGAUAGAAAUCCUUGAAUGCGGUGAAGUUGAUGAGUUAUGAGGGAUGGGGAAUGGGCCCAUCUAUGGUGACCCCGAGAGACUCAAAUUCAAGUUUCAACAUGGCUUCCGCUAGGAAGAAACAGGACGAAAAACACCUCAAAAUUUUACGUGAUUUAGUGUCAAAUCCUCCAAAUCGACAAUGUUUCGACUGUCAUCAAAGAGGACCUACUUAUGUGAACAUGACAAUAGGGUCCUUUGUUUGCACUUCCUGCUCAGGGCUUCUGAGAGGGCUCACUCCACCUCAUCGAGUGAAGUCCAUAUCAAUGGCUACUUUUACUCCAGAUGAAAUUGAUAUUAUAUCAUCCAAAGGAAAUGAGUACUGCCGCAGAAUAUGGCUUGGAUUGUAUGAACCAGGACGUACAAAUGAUGCCAGAGAUGAGCAAGGAAUUAAGGAUUUCAUGAUUGCAAAAUAUGAAAAGAAAAGGUACUACAUAGACCCUUCCAUGGCUAAUUUGAAUGGUGCCUCAACAAUGUCCCAAGCAGGCAUAUCUAGUUCAUCUUCAACAUCAGCUUUAAACUCAUCUAAUACUGCAAGUGCCAUGUCACCCGUGAAACCACUCUCAAGUUUAGUGGGCAGUAUUACUCUGCCAUCACUUAGUACUGUUAGUCAUCCUAUACCACCAGCUCCAAGUACUUUUACUCCAGAUGAUACGUCAUCAGGAUUUCUUGUUGACUUUGGAAGUUUAGGUGCUUCCAAUACCAACAGUGCUUCUGGAAAUAAAAUUGAUCCAUUUGGCAUGCCAUCAGUAUCCCCUUCCAACAACACCAGUUCUAAUAUGAAUUUUGCUGAUUUUGAUAAUAAUCCCAUAUUUGGGGCUUCCAAUGAAACAGACUUCUUUGGAAGUUUUCCUCUGUCAAGCUUUGAAGCGGCAUCAGGUCAAACCUCUACUUUUCCCGCUCUGUCUUUGAAUGGGGAUGCUUUCAGUUUUUCAUCUAAAUUCAACCCCAAUCGCUGGAGUAUGCCCUCGGGAAAUUCGUUGUCAACAUCUCAAAGUUUUCCUGGCGUCAACGCAAGGAAAUCUUCAAGUGGUGGUGGCACCAUGUUCCAACAACCUCCUGCAGAGGACCGCUAUGCUGCCCUCAAGGACUUGGAUAGUCUAAUGAAAUCCCAACAGCCUGAUCAAAACCCUACUGUUAGCAGUGCUCAACCUGACUGGACACAAACACAACCUGCACCCUCACCCUCAUGGGCAGCUUUUGGAACCUCACCCCAGCCAGGAGGAUUUUCUUCAUCUGGUUUUCCACCAGACAGCAAUAGUGGAGGCAGUACUUCCAACCCCUUCACCAAUCCAGUCUCGAGUCCCUGGAACGUUUCUGAAGGUGCAGUAGCCAACCCUUUUUUGUCUGGUCAAACUAGGCAGUCAGACCAACCAAUGCCAUUUGCAUGGAAUGGGUCCAGUGCAGCUGUUGGAAUGAAUGGUGCAUCAUCAGUCAAUGGCUUCCACGUCAAUUCUUCAGCCUUUCCUACUAGUCAAUCGCUCACAUUCCCAACUAAAAGUUGGAAUACGGAGCAAACUGGAAAUCCAUUUGUAUUGGGACCCAAUUCCAAUUCUGGAAGCCAUUCAAAUAAUCCUUUCUUAUGAAAAUCACCAUUGAACUUAGACAAAUUUCACCUAAUGAACUGUGUUAUGUUGUCGGCUUGUCAUUUAUGAAUUGAUGUAAGUAAACCAAAACACCAAGAUGUACAGGGUCAGGCAAUCUUUUGCAAUUUGAUGUGUAUAAUUUUUGUUGUAACUAUUUUUUAUCAAACUUGAAAAAUGGGAAAAUCAACCUCUGUACCCAUUGAAGACUUUAAAAUAUUUUGUAGUUUCUUCUGAAAUUUUUGUCCUUUUUGUAUAGCUAUGAAAUCAAUGUGAUUGUGUAACUAUUUAAUGUUACUAUAUCUUGACUAAAUAGAAAAAUCCUCGCUUAUCAAUACCGUCAUUAGUGGGUAAUGUGGUGCACAAGUCAUCAUUUAGUUGUGUUACUUCUCUAAUUGAGAUAUUUUUCAGUAUUAGUACCUGUUGGGUGGUAGAUAGCGAGGAAAAACUUUGCCCAAUUAGGAAAGAGUAGAAGGAAGGUACUAAUUUGAUUUGUGAGUUACAUUUGAUGUUGCGUAUGUAGACAAUACAUGUUUUAUUGGUUUGCUUUUCUGAUUCUACCCAAUCAAUUAUUUGCCUCAUCAGAAAAAGUAUCAAACAAGCUGAAGAUGGUUUUUAGUUGAACAUACUUAAUAUUGCAAUAUUUUUAUCACUUGUGAUUUUUGUGUUUGUUGAAAAAUAUGAAAAGGAAAGUCUAAAAGCCAGCUGUUCUGAUACACGUGAGUACAGGUUGAUGAAAUUUAUUUAUUGUCUCACACAGAUUGGGGAAAGGGUUAUUAAUUUUCUCUGUGGCUAAAUUUAGCAUAAUUUAGAUGUCUGAAGAUGCCUUAAAAUAUAGGUCUUGUAUGUCUUGAAUCAGACUUUUGUCCAUUCAGCCAUUGAAGAAUUGUUUACAUGAAACUAUGGUACAUGAACUUAAUUUGUACCCUGGUUAUAUUUUAUUUGUUGAAUCUCUAUCAAUAUGUUGACUUCAACUGUUGUUGUUUAGAGCAGUUGCGUGAAUCAUAUCACACUAUACUUGGUAGUGAGAAUUAGCGAAAGAAGUAUUGUAGUUAAACUUGGAUGAUCAUUGCCUUUCUACUCGAAUUACUCUCUAUUUUUUCUAGAUAAACAAAACCCUUGGAGAUGAGCAAUUUUAAUUAAAUAUGUUAAAAGAUGACAAUAUCUAUUUUCACAGUCUAGACAAUCAAAAACCUCUGUUAUGUUAGGAAGCGUAAUGAAAUACUACAUGAUCUACAUUACUGGAAACUAUCAUCAUACAUCAUGUGGUGUUGAAAAUAGGUUGUUUAUUAGGAGCUUUAUUGACUUGACUUUUAUAUUGGGUGAGAGUAUUCUUUCUGGACUCAGUAAUCAUCAUCUAACUGUGGCUUUUGGAAUGGUCUGUCUUCAGUUAGGCUUCAUUCACGCUGGUUGAUGCCGAGGUGGCCCUGGAGCAAUAUUGGUAAGGUCCAGAUCCAGUCCUUAACUGUACACCACCGAGGCAUCACUGAGCGUGAAUACACCCUUGAAAUGACUCCAGGUCUAGGUUUUGGAAUUGUUUGGUAUCUCUUGUAAUGUGAUUGAUAAUCCCUGCUGCCAGGAGCUCUGUAAUCAAGUGCACCUUUUUGGCACUUUUAAAAUGUUAGAUAUCUAGGACCAUUUUUGAGAUUUUGUUGAAGGAGUGUUUUUACAUGACAACAAUUUCAUUUUAUUGGCUACAUUUAUGCAUCGCAUUAAUGAACUGUUUGUGUUAUAUCACAUCGCUUUUCAAUUUAAACUAUGGUUAGUGCUGCAUUAAGAACUAUUAAGUUUCCUCUAAAUUAUAUUCUAUGUUAUGUAUGCCUCCUUGCACUUGGAGCAUCUUUUUUUUGUCAUAUAUUUGUGAUAUUAAAGGAAAGGCUAAUACUGACUACUUUAGAAAGUUACUUGUACAGAAGUGAAUAUAUUAGAUUUAAGUCCAGAGAUUUAUUUAGAUGUAAUGCACUUUUUUUUUAAAUUCUUGUAUUCAUGCUGAUGUUUGCCUGUCCAUGAUUUUAGAUGCAGGUUCAGCCUACUGAGAACUUUCAUUUAACAGUCUAGUUUACUUACCAUCUGGUCAUGACAUUUUGUGAUUUUGGAAUAGGUAAUAUCCCACAGAUGAACUUGAACGGGGUACCUGUAUGUUGUAUCCUUAAGUUCUUAUGACCACUUAAGUGCUGCCUAAACUUGUAAUUCCAUCAAAGACAAGCUAUGUUAGAGCCGUUCUGAGAUGAAUUGAACAUUUGUACUGUUUGUUCUUUGAAUAGUAUUUGACCUAGUUUAUUUGCCCCCAUUUCCCCCCAGGAACUAACUUUGUAGCUCAAUGAAUUUAAAUCAGUUUUUCCAUGUGACUUUCUUUUAGCCAGGACUUUGUUUCAGUUGCCUUCUUGGAUAGCUACACAUAAUUUAUUCUAUCUAUGGUGUCUUUUCAUAAUUUAUUUUGCUAGCCAGUUUUCACUUUCUUUUCUUUUUUUAUUUGGUCUUAUGCAUCUUGUAACUGUGUGGGAUGCAGAGUUGUCUCAGUAGAUCUUUGUAAGUUUUUGUUUGGUCAAAUAUUGUAUGCAUGAGUGCUUACAACAGACUGAUAACAUCACAACUGGAAUGUAGGUUUUGUCUGUCAUACAGAACUGGCACAUUUCGGAAGGGGGCAGUUUUUAAAUUUUGAAAAAGGUUAUUUUUUUCUUCAUUGUGUUACUAUUUUAUUAUUUACUGUUAUGGUCUUGAUCUAAGCCUACUGUCCAUCUCUCAGCAAGGCCUAAUUAUCUCAAGUAAAGCGAUUUACCCUUGUCUUUAUUUGAUGUUGAAGCUCUCUGAGUAAUUGGAUCAUAGUUCAUGUUAUCCAUGUUUGGACCAAUUUGGUGAAUUCAAUUGAUGAUCACCACCUAAAUUUGCUGAGUUCCCCUGUGCCUGUUGCCUUGGAGCACCCUACCUUGACAUUCUGUAAAAUGUCUGUGGAGUUUUCCUUGGUAACGAACUGAGAGGCACAUCAGUCAUUGCUCUGCAUAAUCUUUGAUGAAGGAUCAUAAAUAGCAUUGUCUUGUGAACAGAUUUUGUUUGCUUCUGGUCCCUUUAUGAUUUGCAAUCCUCCCUUCUUGGAGAAAAUGUACAAGCUUGCAUUUAAGAAAAAGCUUGACCAAAGUCCUAGCGAUAAUGUUGUUGAUAGACUUACAUGCCUUGAGAUCUUCCUAAAAGUCUCUUCAUAGUGGGAAAAAACCCUCCCGAAAUCGAUUUUGUUCGACCCCAAAGAGAAACCUUGUUUUCCUCUCCUCCUUUUCAGUUUCCUUUUUCUUGUUUAUGACCUCCAUUGCUAGAUUUUUUUUUAACUAUUUGAUUUUCAGCUGAUUAAGCUACUUCUCAUUCUAUUUGCAUUCAAUUGCCAAUGGUUUCUUUUUAAGCAUGAUACUACUUUUGAGUGAUAUUAAUGUUACUUUAGGUUUUCCUGCAAUUUUAAUACGCUGUUGCAAUGUUUGCUUCGUUAAUUUUUGUAUUUUUAAUUUUCUUUGAGAGGGACCAGGGUAAGUUGUUAUCUCCUUCAGCCAAUUAUCGAAUCUUACUGCGUUUCCAUCAACGGAAUGGAGUUAAAGUUUUCUUGCCCAGUUUCCAUUGAAGGGACUAUUUUCUGCUGACUUUGUCACAUCCUCCCGAUCCAUGUAUUGUCCUUGGCCCUCUACACUUUAAGGUGUUCAUAUGAACAUUUUAAGUUAUUUGCUAUGAAUUCAUACUAAUUAUUGUUUCAGAAUUAUGCUUUGUAUAAGUUGUAUUGUCAAAUCUGAUAUUUUUGUAAACCUAGGCAUUAAAUAUGUAAAAUUUAUUCCA